AUGAUUAUAUCAGCAUUUUUCUGCCUGUUGGCAUUAGCAACAUUUUCCACAGCACUGCCACUUGACCAAAGUCGCCCGUUCGCGCUCGUCAUUCUUUCCAAAGACAAAACCUACAACAACACUACUCUUAUUCCAUGCGCAAAAGGAAAAGGAGGACCAUGUAAGACAUACAUAACCCUCGGUGAUAUCAGUUACAACUGACAUCUUAACUGUCCCUGGCCUUUGUCCACUUGCACCAUUUGGCUAUCCCAUCGCACCAGUUGAAAGCUUCAAUCUCAACUACACCUCAAGUCCUACUCUUGGCUACCUCACCCAUGAAAUAACAAACAAAAGAACCAGCUCAGGACUCGCCAAUCGGUCUGCUCCCAUGGCCUUCUAUAGCGCGGACUCGUACAAAGUCCCGAUUUUUGGAACUGCUGGUUUGGAUGGUGCUACCAAGGUGGUGUUUAAUGAGAAGAAUUUCCUGGGAGUGUUGGGUGAUUCUCGUUCAGGUGAUGGCAAGUUUGAACAGUGGUAUGUUUGUGAUAUCAAUACUGGUAUAGUCUAUCCAAGUGUGGUUUGGAGUUCGGGUGAUAAGGCGCCGCAGCUUGCUUCUUGUGUUAAGGUUGAUGUUAUGAGGGCUUUUGCUUAG